AUGAUCCAAAGGGGAAUUUCAGAGUUGAGUAAUGAAGAGGGGUCCACCCAAGAGGAAAUAUCAGCAUUUAUUAAAAGAGAGUAUGGGCAUUUGCCAUGGGGCCAUGAGAGUUUUUUGAGUCAUCAUUUGGGGAAGCUUUGUGGGAAUAUGGAGUUAGCAUGUGUAAAUAAUGAAAGAUAUAUACUUUUAGUUGAAGAAGAUUGCGAGUUAAAGGAGAUGGCAGGUUCAAGUACGAAAAAGGAGGGCUGCAGAGGUAGGCAAGGCAGGAGGAAAAAAGGCAGAGUGACGAAGAAGAAGAAGAAACAAGGUCAAGCAGAAAAGCAACAAAUUGAAGUAUUAGAGGAUACUCUCCAAGCUAUGGAACUGAAGCGGCAAAAGGAUCAGAUGACCACAUUGGAGAGAUUUUUGUGGCUUCUAGAUUAAAUGUUCCAGGAGUAUGGCAGAUGCCUCAGGGGGGUAUUGAAGUCAAUGAGGAGCCUAGAUCUGCAGCCAUCAGGGAAUUACGAGAAGAAACUGGGAUAGUGUCUGCUGAAAUUAUUGCUGAGGUACCAAGUUGGUUGACUUGUGACUUUCCACCUGCUGUGAAGGCCAAAGUGAAUCGUUUGUAGGGAGGUGAAUGGCAUGGGCAGGCACAGAAGUGGUUCCUCAUGAGAUUGACAAAAGAUGAGAGUGAGAUUAAACUGGCAAAUAGUGAAGGAGAUCCAGAAUUUGCAGAAUGGAAGUGGGCGAGCCCUGAAGAAGUUGUUGAGCAGGUAUGGUGCGUCAAAAAGCUCAAGAUGGUCUAUGUAAUUGAUUGCAGGCAGUGGACUACAAGAGGCCAGCCUAUGAGGAAGUUGUGAGAACCUUCAGGCCUUAACAUCUAAAAAGGACCCGAUUAUAUGAAUUGUUGACAAAGUAGGAAUAGCACAUAAGAGGAUUAUGAAGAGACCCCACCCUAACGAAACCGUCACAACUCAUAAAGUUUAAGGUUAGGCUCGGGCGUCUCAGCGGCCACUGCUAGCGGGUUUUCCACAAUAGCAAUCAGUUUCACCAGAGAAAAUCAUACUCAAAAUCCAAAGAUGGAAGAACCUAACGCUGUCCCCUGCUCCUCUCAAAAUCCCAACAAUCUUCUUACAGAUGAUAGAUACGAAGAUGAUAGAUACGAGCCUAUAAUGAACAAUCUGAAAGCUCGUGUGUUUUCCAAAAUAAGCCCGUCGGGAAACAUUGCGCCUCAACUCAAGACCCACAUUGAACGACGGCUGCAUGAAUUCUUCCCCAGUUUCGACACUCCGUCUCACCCACCUUAUUCUUCUAUGAUCCAAAGGGCAAUUUCAGAGUUGAAUAAUGAAGAGGGGUCCACCAAGGAGGAAAUAUCAGCAUUUAUUAAAAGAGAGUAUGAGCAUUUGCCAUGGGGCCAUGAGAGUUUUUUGAGUCAUCAUUUGGGGAAGCUUUGUGGGAAUAUGGAGUUAGCAUGUGUAAAUAAUGAACGAUAUAUACUUUUAGUUGAAGAAGAUUGCGAGUUAAAGGAGGUGACAGGUUCAAGUAGGAAAAAGGAGGGCCGCAGAGGUGGGCAAGGCAGGAAAAAAGUCAGAGUGACGAAGAGGAAGAAGAAACAAGGUCAAGCAGAAAAGCAACAAAUUGAAGUAUUAGAGGAUACUCUCCAAGCUAUGGAACUGAAGCGGCAAAAGGAUCAGAUGACCACAUUGGAGAGAGGCGUCCAGGUGGGAUUUAACAAGCAAGACGAUGUUCAAGCCAUUGUUACCCAUAACUUGGGUGUGGUGGAAGAGGAAAAGCAACUGAAUAUUACAAGCCCUUGUGAACAGAAGGAACUUAUUUGUGAUCUAUUGUCAGAGCAGCAUCCUCACCCACAGAUUCUCUCUAAUCAACAAAUGGAAGCCAAAUUACAUUCUGUUGAAUCACCUUCUUUUCUUGAAUGGCACAAAGAUUCAGAGCAGCAGCUUGACCUUUCUAGCAUGGAAAGAUCUCCUAAACCAAAAGCACCUGUGAACAAAGAUCCUCAGCAUCAAGAUGAGCAACAGCCAUCAUCUAAGCCUCGAGGCAGAGGAAGACCCCGUAAACUAAAGUCUAGUACUGAUAUGAUUCUCUCUAAUCAACAAAUGAAAGCCAAAUUACAUUCUGUUGAAUCACCUGCUUUUCUUGAAUGGCACAAAGAUCCAGAGCAGCAGCUUGACCUUUCUAGCAUGGAAAGAUCUCCUAAACCAAAAGCACCUGUGAACAAAGAUCCUGAGCAACAGCCAUCAUCUAAGCCUCGAGGCAGAGGGAGACCCCGUAAACUAAAGUCUGAUACUGAUAUGAUUAUCUCUAAUCAACAAAUGGAAGCCAAGUUACAUUAUGUUGAAUCACCUGCUUUUCUUGAAUGGCACAAAGAUCCAGAGCAGCAGCUUGACCUUUCUAGCAUGGAAAGAUCUCCUAAACCAAAAGCACCUGUGAACAAAGAUCCUCAGCAUCAAGAUGAGCAACAGCCAUCAUCUAAGCCUCGAGGCAGAGGGAGACCCCGUAAACUAAAGUCUGAUAAUAUGAUUCUCUCUAAUCAACAAAUGGAAGCCAAAUUACAUUCUGUUGAAUCAUCUGCUUUUCUUGAAUGGCACAAAGAUCCAGAGCAGCAGCUUGACCUUUCUAGCAUGGAAAGAUCUCCUAAACCAAAAGCACCUGUGAACAAAGAUCCUCAGCAUCAAGAUGAGCAACAGCCAUCAUCUAAGCCUCGAGGCAGAGGGAGACCCCGAAAACUAAAGUCUGAUACUGAUAUGAUUCUCUCUAAUCAACAAAUGGAAGCCAAGUUACAUUCUGUUGAAUCACCUGCUUUUCUUGAAUGGCACAAAGAUCCAGAGCAGCAGCUUGACCUUUCUAGCAUGGAAAGAUCUCCUAAACCAAAAGCACCUUUGAACAAAGAUCCUCAGCAUCAAGAUGAGCAACAGCCAUCAUCUAAGCCUCGAGGCAGAGGGAGACCCCCUAAACUAAAGUCUGAUACUGAUAUGAUUAGGAAUAGUUUGUUGCCAUCCAGUGAUCAGGAUUACAAUGAGCAGCAGCAGAGUAAAAGAAGAGGCAGGCCUCCUAAAAGGAAAACAGACUGCUAUUGAUGUCUAGAAUAAGUAAUUGAUGAUGAACAUCAUUUUCUUAAUUUAUUUAUCACAGAUGAGAUAUGUCAGUUCUUCACA